ACCCUUUCACCUUUCCAACUCUUUUGGACCAAAAUGGCAGACAGCUCUCAAAGUUUGAGCUACCAAGCUGGAGAAGCCAAAGGCCAAGCCCAGGAGAAGGCGAGUAAUUUGAUGGACAAGGCAAGUGAUACACUCCAAUCAACCAAGGAGUCGAUACAAGAGGCCGGACAACAGAUAGCGGCUAAGGCUCACGGUGCUGCUGAUGCUGUUAAAGACGCCACUACCUUCAACAAAUGAAGCUUCAACAAAUUAGCUUAGGCUUUCAUGAAUAAAGGCUUUAUCAUCCAAAUGGAAACAUCGUAUUAAUUUAAUUUACUCUUUAAACUUGAAUUUUGUUGAAUUGCACUUCUAUUCGAUAUAU